UUUUGUGUCCGUCCUCGUCUGUUGAAAGUGUUGAAACUUCAUUUUACCUAUCUCAUUUGCAGUUUUCUUGUUUUUGAUUGUGAAGAAUUGAUUAUUUUUAUUCUACACUAGGUAUAUUUUUUAAAAGAAGAAGCCAAAAAAAAUAAGAUGGCAGAUCCCAGUAGAGGAAGAGGUAGGGGCUUAGCUUUGCUCCAAGCCCUCAAGAAGUCACAAAUGAUGGACUCUCCUCCUACUUCAGAGGAGCCGUCUCCAGAACCCACUCCUCUCCCGAGUGCAGCUCCUAGCGUUGCGUCAACAGAUGUGAAUCCUCCGACUACAACAAGUAUAGGGGGCAGAGGCCGCAUAGCAGCUAUGUUGCUCUCUAAGAUGCAUCAAAGACCUGGAGAGCCUACAUUUACUCCUGCUGGUGAUAUUAGCCCAAGUGCUCCACCACCAAUCAGAGGCGCUGGUCGCGGGUUGAAACUGCUGCAAAACCUUAAAGCAGUGACAUCGGCUGAGGUUGGGGCUUCAGGCGAUAUGAAGCAGCUGACACAGAAAAUGGCAGAGAGCUCUGUGUCAUCUACUGUGCCAUCGACAGUCCAGACUUCAGCAAAGAAUAAAUACUUCAGAGAAGUUAAGGACACUCCCCCUGUGGUUAUGAAAGGACAAACUGGAACGCCCGUACAUUGCACUGCAAACUUUAUUUACCUCAAUUUUGAGGAGAAUAAUGUAUUUGAGUAUGAGGCGAAAUUCGAGCCUGAGCAGGAUUACAAGCAUCUACGUUUUAAACUACUUAAUGAGCACAGUCAAUACUUCAAAGAAAAGACGUUUGAUGGAACAACUCUAUAUGUUCCACAUAUGCUGCCCGAAGAAGCUACGAAUUUAGUCUCGGUCAAUCCCUUUGAUAACAGUAAAGUUCACAUAUCUAUAAUAUUCCGCCGCACGCGCCGCCUGAGCGAGAUGAUACACAUAUACAAUGUGCUGUUCAAGCACAUAAUGAAGGACCUGCAAUUGGUCCGAUUCGGCCGACAGCACUUCAACGAACACGCGGCCAUACAGAUCCCUCAGUAUAAACUCGAAGUCUGGCCUGGUUAUGUAACAGCGGUGGAUGAAUAUGAAGGUGGUCUGAUGUUGACCCUGGACUCCACGUCGAGGGUUCUACGUACACAAUCGGUGUUGUCCUUCAUCAAGGAGACGGUCCAAACUGAUGGAGCCAAUUGGAAGAAAGCUAUGGCUGAGAAACUCAUUGGGUGCUCCGUUAUGACUACAUAUAAUAAAAAGCUCUUCCGGGUCGAUAGUAUCGAUGACACGAUGACACCGAGGUCCACAUUUGAAAAGAUUGAAAACGGCGAGACAGUCAAGAUUUCGUACAUUGACUACUACAAAAAUAAUUAUGGCAUCGAAAUCAAGGACUGGGAUCAGCCAAUGCUUAUUUCAAGACAAACAAAGCGCAUGCCCGGGUCGGAGGCGCCGACAGACUUCAUGAUCUGCCUCGUGCCGGAGCUGUGCCAGCUGACGGGGCUGACGGACGAGCAGCGCAACAACUUCCGGCUAAUGAAGGACGUCGCCACAUACACCCGCAUCACGCCCAACCAACGCCACAGGGCUUUCAAACAGUACAUACAAAACGUGCUGAACAACGAGACAGCCAAGAAACGCCUAGCUGGUUGGGGGCUUAGUAUAGCCAAGGAGACCAUAGACAUUACCGCGAGGACAUUACCCCCAGAAGAUUUAUACUUUGGCCGCAACUCUAAGGUGCCAGGGAAGCCGGACGCGAACUGGAACGCAGAGGUGACGCGCAACGCGGUGAUGCAGGCGGUGGACGUGCUGCGCUGGGCGCUGCUCUACACUGACAGAGACCGCCAGAUCACUAUGGAUUUUGUCGACAUAUUGAAGCGCUCCGGCGGCCCCAUGGGCAUCAACGUGUCCGCCCCGGAGAUGGUUCGCCUCCCCAACGACCGCACGGACUCUUACGUCACAGCUCUGAAGAAAUGCUUCAACCCCUCGCUACAGUUAAUUGUUUGCAUCUGCCCUACGUCCAGGGACGAUCGGUACUCGGCUAUCAAGAAGAUCUGCUGCGCUGACAACCCUGUGCCUUCACAGGUGAUCAACGCUCGCACGUUGAUGAACCAGAAGAAAGUACGUGGCAUCACGCAGAAGAUCCUCCUGCAGAUAAACUGCAAACUGGGUGGAACUCUAUGGAACAUUAGCAUUCCCAUGAAGACCGCCAUGAUUGUGGGAAUCGAUUCAUAUCACGAUGCGAGCAGGAAGAAGCGGAGCGUUUGCGCUUUCGUCGCGUCGUAUAACCAAUCGAUGACACACUGGUACUCUAGGGCGGUGUUCCAGGAGAGGGGUCAGGAAAUAGUGGACUCAUUGAAGUCGUGCCUCGUCGAUGCUUUGAAGCAUUUUCUUAACACCAAUGGCCACUUUCCUGAGAGGAUUAUAAUUUACAGGGACGGCGUUGGAGACGGUCAACUGAAACUCCUCCAACAAUACGAGAUCCCACAAAUGAAGAUCGGUUUCUCAGUGGUACAUGAGAGAUACUCCCCCAUGCUGACAUAUGUGGUGGUACAGAAGAGGAUCAACACCAGGAUCUUUAUGAAGACCGGGCAUGGGUAUGAGAACCCCCCGCCCGGGACCGUGGUUGAUCAUGCGAUCACUAGGCGCGAUUGGUACGACUUCCUAAUAGCCUCUCAGAAAGUGGAGCAAGGCACGGUGACCCCCACACACUACAUCGUGGUCCACGACUCGAGCGGCAUGUCCCCGGACCAGUGCCAGCGACUGACGUACAAGCUGUGCCACCUGUACUACAACUGGCCCGGCGCUGUGCGCGUGCCCGCGCCGUGCCAGUACGCGCACCGCCUGGCCCAGCUCGUGGGCCAGAGCAUCCAUCACCAACCGUCGGAAGCGUUAGCAGAUAAGCUGUUUUUCUUGUAAUUUCUUUUUGUUAGAUUCAGUAAUGCUGGUUUGUUAUUCUUACUUUUUUCCCUCGCGUUUCUGUAGUCUAUGGAAGUGAUUGCAUGAAUUGGGAUGUUUUUAUUUUAUUUUAUUAAAAGUUUCGUAAAUUGUUUGAUU